CCAAAAACAUCACGAGUUCUUUUCCUGCAUUUUACAAAUCCAUUAAUGAAGAUGAAGAUGAAGAAGCUUAUUCCGACCGCAUGUGCAUGGCUUUGAUGGCUUCUUUGGUUGCAACAAGCUCCAAUAGUUGUGAGUACAUAGACCGUGGUCGGGAAGCUGGACACCAUUUGUUGAUGGAUGAUUACUGGAAUCCAAAUCCCACCUACAAUGCACGUAUCUUCCGCCGUCGUUAUCGCAUGCAACCGGCUCUAUUUGAUCAAAUCAUGAAAGAUGUCAUGGCUUUCGAUCCCUAUUUUGUAAGUACAGUAGAUGCAGCAAACAAGGUAUGCUCGCCAAUGGUUGCUAGGCUUAUUCAUUAGAUCAGUUAUGUCGUUUGUAGGGCAGUUAUUAGUGUGUAUGGUUCUUGGUACCUACGAACCCCUAACCCCGGGGAUCUGCACCGUCUUCUUGAAAAGGCCUCGAAAAGAGGCUUUCCUGGGAUGGUUGGGUCCAUUGAUUGCAUGCACUGGGAGUGGAAAAACUGUCUUACAUCUUGGGCCGGUCAGUACACACCGGGUACAAAAAAACUAACAAUUGUGCUCGAAGCAGUUGCUUCUUAUGAUACUCAUAUGUGGCAUGCCUUUUUUAGCACAGUCGGUUCCAACAAUGACAUCAACACCCUUGCAAGCUCGAUCUCCGGUCUUUGAUGUUGUUGUAAAUGGAUCUGCCCCUCAGGUACAAUUCUGCGUGGAUGGUAAGCUGACGUGCACUUUGUCGUGAGGUGCACUCAAAGUAAUAAUACAAUACGACACUAAUACGUAGUAUAGUGUAGUAAGGUUCGUAUCCACAGGGAAAGGAAUACUUUUCUUCUUACAGAAAUAGAUAAGUAACAAUAAGGGGGGUUUAUAUUUGGUUGAUGAACUUUAAAUUAUAUUUAAACACGAAGAUGAACGAGUUAUGUGGUUU